GUCAAUGAAGUCAGUCUUGAAUGUAUACUUGAUUAAAAAUUACGUAUAAAUGACAAAUUGUUAAAUUAAUUUUAUUGGUAUUUAUUGAUUUUAUUGUUAUUCUGUGAUUUUAUUUCAAUUGCAAUAAAUAUUGUAAAAUUGUAAUACUGAAAUGCUUAUAUAAAUUGCAAAUUAAUAUAAAUCUGUCAAAAUAUAAAAUAUAAAUCGAAAUAAAGAAGUAUGUAUCACGAAGCUUAAUCAACUCGACAUUUCAUAUACUUUUAUUGUAUUAAAAACAAAAUAUUAUCUUAGCCACGGUAAAUAUUAAAAUGACUGACACUGGAUCCGAACAACCGCAGCCCGAUACGGUAAAGGAUAUAGACAUCACAGAUGGGAAAGCCAAGCUGAGGAAAUGGUUGAAUGUGAACUUUAGAAUUGAAAUGACAGAUGGCCGCGUACUUAUCGGUGUAUUCCUAUGUACUGAUAGAGACGCUAAUGUUAUUUUAGGUGCCUGUUCAGAGUACCUCAAGAGCAGUGGUGGUGAAACUGAGGAGCCGCGCGUGUUAGGCCUGGUCAUGGUGCCCGGGCGACACAUAGUCUCCAUACAGAUAGACGACACCAACCCACCACAGAAGUUUUACUAUGACGAAUGAUGUCCACUGCACACUGACAUUGUGUAAUCAUUGUAAAUAUAAUAAAUAUAGUUAUUGUAUAUAAUA